CAGGAGGCUGGACUGGUCGGGCGGAGUGUGUGAGCUCAGAGCUCAACAUCACACAAUCUCACUCACUCUCAACCUUUCACUGAGUGUGAGGCGCUCUCUCCUUCUCUCCCGUCUCCCUCUCCCUCCCUCUUUCUCUCUCUCUGGCUGCGAGGGGUCGGGAUUCCUCACCGAAAGAAAGUACACAGACCUCGAGAAAAGGACGUGUUUUGGAUUAUUAAUCAGCCCCAAACGUGCCGGCCGGCGUCCCCCUUUUUUUUCUCCUCCUCUCCUCCCUGUCAGCUGUACUGAACUGAGUCUCGCACGAAGGAAUGGAGCGCGCAGCUUGUAGUUUACACUGACCACAAAAGGGACUCUACGUGAAGCAAACACUUUCUUUCUAGUUUUUUUUUUUUUUUUUUUUUGUCUGAUUUCAUUGUGAAUUUUCAGAAUGAACUUGCAGUGGAGCAGCAGCCCUGCGCUCUCCAUCCGGAGAGUCGCGCACAAGCGUCUGGACUCGGACGACCAGCCUCCGGCCAAGUGCGCGCGGCUGAGCGCGGGGGACGCGGGGGACGCGCAGGGACUCCUGGGCGCGUCACCGGGCUCCCCCCCGGCCCCGGCGGGGGCCCCCCCGGCGGGGCCCGUCCCCAGCCCCGGCCCCGGCCCCCACAGCCACCAGGGACCGCUCAGGAUAGGAGCUUUCCUGCUGCUUCCUCUGGCGGACCGGGAGAGCAUGCACAGCGCCAUGAACACCGAAACUGGCGAUGAGCUACUGUGUAAGGUGUUUGAUAUGGGGUUAUACCAGGAGAAGAUCAGGACCUAUGGGAUCCUGCCAGCUCACAGGAAUGUGGCCGGCAUCAGGGAUGUCAUCCUUGGCGAGCGCAAGGCCUACAUCUUCCUGGAUAAGGACUUUGGGGACAUGCACACGUUGGUGAAGAGCUGCCGGCGGUUGGACGAGGAGCAGGCCUGCAGGCUUUUCCGCCAGGUGGCAGGGGCCGUGGCACACUGCCACCAGGCCGGCAUCGUGCUGGGUGACCUCAAACUGCGCAAGUUUGUCUUCGCUGAUGAGAAAAGGACACAAGUGAGGCUAGAAAGCCUGGAGGACUGCCGAGUCUUGGAGGACCCCAGCAACGACUCCGUCUCCGACACCCACGGCUGCCCCGCCUACGUCAGCCCGGAGAUCCUCAGCGGCUCCACGCCGUACUCCGGCAAGAUGGCCGACAUGUGGAGCCUGGGGGUCAUGCUGUACACCAUGCUGGUGGGCCGUUACCCCUUCCACGACCCGGACCCGGCCAUGCUGUUCUCCAAAAUCCGCAGGGGCCAGUGCUGCUUGCCAGAGGGCCUGUCGCCCAAGGCCAAGUGUCUCCUCCAGAGCCUGCUGAGGAAAGAACCGUCGGAGAGACUCACGGCCACCGAGCUGCUCGCUCACCCGUGGUUCCACCUGCGGUCGCCGUCCCGGGAUGUGGCAUCGGCCGAACAGGAAGUGAGCGCGGCCGAACAGAUGGUGCCAUCCUUCGAUGUGGAAGAGGACGACAAUCUGUUCUGCUGAUGGACUUUAUCUGUCCGACUGAGGGACCAAAACAGAACUUGAGGGGACUCGUUUUUUGUACAUUGGCACUUUCUAGAAACCGAUUUGUGUACUGUUGUGUACAUAGACCCUCAAGCUUUCUACAAGAACAUACUGUACUGUAUUUUGUUGUCGUAUACAUGUUACUCUCUAAGGGCAUUGCUCACAAUGAUCAUUCAUUGUGCUUUAUCUUAUGUAUGUUUUAAAAAAAUGUUUGGUGCUAAAAGAAACCACGACUUUAUCGGUUAACAGAAUGCUUUCUGCAGGAUUCUGUGAUCGCAUCGCAGUUUUUAUUCUCGACCCGGACUCACGAAAGCUUUCGCGAAUCAUUAGCUGACUCUCGAAACGGGGAUGCGGGGCGAGCUGAGCAGGAUGUUGUUCCUGUCACUUACAGACCGGGCUGCAGGCUUCACCGGCUGACUCACCGCUCGGCACGGGGACUGAGCGCGAGCUCGGCGUCUCGGAGCAGACAGAGAUUGAGAGAGAUUGGAUGUGAGGACUGAUGUGUCACACUCAGCGUGACACUACGGAGGUGUCUCGCUUGCCAAUCUGGCAGCAUCUCAGCAAGCAGAGAGCAUUUUUACAAAUCUCACACCAUGUGCAGAAGGUGGAGAACGGCAGGGUGUUGCUGGUGUAAGACUUGCAGAAAAAUGUGAAAUGCCCGUCUCACACAGACCCCGAAAGCUAACACAAGUCCUUGUUAAGGGCUCACGGAAGGAAAAAACGUUUCUCUUAAUUGUACAUAUUAAAGCUAACCUAUGAUCCAUUUAUAUAUAUGUAUAUGAAAAAAAAGAUGCUCAGAGGUGAAUAUUUCACACAAAGAGAAGAGACAUCUCAUCUGACCUGCAACCACAACAAUGAAAAGUCUGAGUCUCGUCCGCGUGGAGUUAGCCGCGGUUCACGCUAACACUAAUGCUUCUGCUUUCAGAUAAGACGCUUGAAGCAACGCUGGUUUUAAGCAGUCACAUGCCUCAGCAGCACUUGAUCGUUGCGUAGUACUUAACGCCUCAAGGGAACAUUGACUUCAUAGCAGAUUAAGUACAAGUACAUGCCAAUUUCAAAUAUUGCACUGAUGAAGCGUCUUCUAAAAGCAACGUGUCAAACGUUUAGACAGGAACGGAAACUAAUACGUGGCGUGGAGACGGAGGGGAGCAAAGGAAGCCUUUUUUUGUUCAUUUCAGCAGGAUCGUGACCUCGGGAUGUCAUGCUUGAGCAAAGCCGCCCCAUGUGCCGAGUGCUGCGCCGGUAUCGCUGUGUUUCAUAAACGGAACGAGUCUGAGUCAGGCGCUAUUUGAUGUGGACUGUCUGUUUAUGACUCAACGCCUCAGCGAAGAUUGGUGUUGACCUUGGCUGACGGAAUAUGUUCAGACCUUUCCACUUCUUUAAUGGUACUGUUUUUCUUUUUUUUUCUUAAAAGCUUCGGAUCCGCGGAGACGAUUCCUCAUAGUUGACGACCAGAUGUACCGCGCUGUAAAAUAACAUAGAUGCUGUUGCGUUGGGACAUUAAAAGGACCGAGAGCUGCAGAACAAGCGUGUUGUUCUGAUGCGGCGAUCUUGACAAUGGUACUGAAUCCGGCAUGUCGGAGGAGUGCUAUGACGAUAUCUUUUCCGGUUAUUUAACUACUUUCUAAAAGGACUCGUGACCAUUUGCAUUAUUCCUCACAGUAAAGUAAUUUAAGAGAUUUUAUGACUGGUUCACACACAAAGAGUGAGACGUGUGGAGUAAACUGACACGGGUGCACGGUCUUCAUAUUGCACUGUGAACUAUGUUUUUGUGACACGACCUCGAGGCUUUUAUGACUCAAAACAGGUCACACGCAAGAGUUAUAGUCAUUGUUAAAAAAAAAACACAAAAAAAAUGCAGAUAUGUAUAUAUGAAAUAUGUGUGGAGUUGUUGAAUAAAGAUCACAAUUUUUCAUAUUCACA